CGGAAAGCAGCGGCGGUAGCCGGGCGCUGGGACUGGGAAGGCAGGAGAGCGAGCGAGGGAGCGGGCGGGCUGCGAUGCUUUGGGGCCGGCCGGGCUAGCAGGCAGCGCGUUGUGUGCGGGUCGGUCGGUCACUCACUCAGCAGCGAGGGCGCCGGCCGUCAUGGAGAACCAGCUGGCGCGCUGCAAGAUCGUGGUGGUUGGCGACAGCCAGUGCGGCAAGACGGCGCUGCUGCACGUUUUCGCCAAGGACGCCUACCCCGAGAAUUAUGUCCCCACUGUAUUUGAGAACUACACUGCCAGUUUUGAGAUUGAGAAGCAGCGCAUUGAGCUUAACAUGUGGGACACUUCAGGCUCAACAUACUAUGACAAUGUCCGCCCCCUUGCCUAUCCAGAUUCAGAUGCUGUUCUCAUCUGUUUUGACAUUAGUCGACCUGAAACUCUGGACAGUGUCCUUAAAAAGUGGCAGGGAGAGACACAAGAAUUUUGUCCUGGUGCCAAAGUGGUUUUGGUGGGCUGCAAACUAGACAUGCGCACAGACUUGAACACUUUACGGGAACUCUCCAAACAGCGCCUUAUCCCUGUUACACAUGAGCAGGGCAGCAUGCUGGCCCGCCAGUUGGGUGCUGUGGCAUAUGUAGAAUGCUCUUCCAAGGUGUCGGAGAACAGCGUCCGGGACGUUUUCCAUGUGACCACACUGGCCUCAGUCAAUCGAAUUCACAAGCACCUCAAGCGCAGCAACUCAAAGCGAGGGCUGAAGCGGGUCACGCAGAUGCCUGGACGGACGGACUUGUUGACUGACUCUGAGAUCCGCAAAGACCGGGCCAAGAGCUGCUCGGUGAUGUGAGAGUGGACGCAACUGCAGAGGGGCUGAAGUAUAGCACUGCCUGUCCAUAUCGCUUUGUGUAGUAACUGGGAAUGGAAGGUCUGUGCACCGAGGGCCACGUUCCCCAGGAUGUAGGUCAGAGCAAACUAAGGCCUCUCUAGAAGCUGCUGAGUUGGGCAGGGAGGGAUCUGCCUGAACCUGCAAAUGCUCAGCACUGUGUGAAAGCGCCUAGAUGGCCCAGUGUUGCACAAGACACAGAAAUGCUCAGGUAGCAGACAUCCUCCAAAGAAAGGAACACAUCCCUAUGAGUAGCACUAGGGGCAACAAUACUUCAAACCCUCUUAAGAGUUAUUAUUUCGGAGCUAGUUUCAAAUGUGUAGGUGUCCAGGCAACCCAAGUGUCUGGCAUUUUUGAAGCUGUGGUGUGUGGCAAUCAGACCAUGCCUACAGCAUGUGUGCAUGUGUAUGUUUGUGCUCAUGCUUGAGGACAGUCAUGGAAUAAAAGAGUUACAGAAGGGUCAGAGGAAACGGUGGUCAUUUGAGAUGAAAAAUGUGAUCAAUUGAGAAGGGGGGGCUGAUAGUUUUGGGCAACUGAGUAGCUCCCAGGGCACUGGACACUCUGAAGUCAUUGACGAGGUCAUUCCACUACUUGGCAGAUGCUGUGGAAGAGACACCACCAUCAGAGAUGAUUGCCAUGAAAGUGGCUUGAUUCUCUUUUGGAAAGUGAUGGUUUUUAUUAUCUCUACCAAGGGUGAAAGCUGGAAAGCUCAAAAGUUGUGUCUGCUGGAGCUUUUGUUUUCAAUAAUAAGUGCCAUUAUCUUCAUUUGUCUCAUAUGACACCUACAAGUCUUUUUUGUCUCCUGAAAGUACAGGAGACCAGGUAGCCUGUAAUGACCAUGUCUGCAUCAUAGGCAAGGACCACUUCUUCCUAGUCCCCAUUCAUGUUUCUUCAUCUCCUUUCAUGCAGUGAUGGUGCAGAAGGGUAGGGCCGAAGGAAUGCUUUUGGCUUUUU